UUGUGCGAUGUGUCUACUACACUGUAUGAUUUAUUAAAGAUUAUUCCGGUUACAACACAAGUUUUGGCUUUACAUCAUCAUUCUUGUUUACAAUGCUGAUGGGCUGUUGUAGCAGUUUCUUUACAUGUAAGAGUGUCUUUACAUGUUGCGAUGUCACACCAUAUAGAUUCUGUUUCAAAUUGGACUUCUCACGAUUUGUUGAUGAAAAUUUUGAUGUCAAAGAAUGGGUGAAUGCAGCUUUUGCUACACCAGAUGCCCAAGGUUCUAUAGAUGCACAUGCAGCAUCCCUGGUGAUGAAACUCCAAAUGCUUGUCCAAGAACUCAACAACUCAUUGGAGGAGACCAGUAUUCAAGCCGUCCAAAAUCUACCCAGAGUUCUGCGAGACAUUGAUUCAGUUAGACAGGAAGCGGCUAUGCUGCAGGAGCAAAUGAGACUGGUCGCUGAGGAUAUACAGAAAGUGGAAAGGGACACUUCACAGUCAAUGCAUGUGCUUCUGAAGAUUGACCAGAUCAAGUGUCGUAUGCAGGAGGCAAGCCAUGCACUCAAGGAAGCGGAUAACUGGACAACAUUGUCUGCUGAUGUGGAGGACGUGUUUAGAUCUGGUGAUAUUGAGAAUAUUGCUUCAAAGUUAGUCGCGAUGCAGCAGAGUUUGCAACUUCUGGUAGAUGUUCCAGACUACAAGGAGAGAUGUCAGUAUUUGAAUACAUUGAAGACCAGACUGGAAGCAAUUCUGAGCCCACAGCUGGUUUCAGCUUUCAGUUCCCACUCACUAGAUGGUGCAUUAAUGUAUGUGAAGAUUUUUAAAGAUAUUGACACGUUGCCGUCCCUGCAAAAAUACUAUCACAAGUGUAUUAAGAACCAGCUGCAUGAUCAGUGGAGAAAAAUUAAAGAUACUGACCCUGACGAAACUAUUCUCGACUGGUUGAAUGCUUUUUACGAUGUUCUUGUCUCAGCGUGGCACACACAGUUGAAGUGGUGCACGCAGGUGUUUGAUGAGCCUGUGAUGGUAGUGUGUGAAAUAAUGGAUGCUACGCUGGCAGGCAUGGAGCCACCCAUAUCACAGUGUAUCGAGAAUGAAGUGUGCAACCGGCCAAACCCACUCAUCUGUCUGUUGGAGCUAAAGGAGGUGACUGAUAGAUAUGCAAAAAGCAUGGAGGGAUUAAUCACUGCUGUUGGCAAAGAUGUGUGUUGUUUGCCGUGCGUGACUAUGCUGGCUCGGCGCAUCUAUGAGCCAUACCGGGGUGACAUGAGCCAGUACGGCAUCCAGGAAGAGGGCCUGCUCAUGAUACAGCUAGCUAACAUCAGACUGCAGAGAGAAGAGAUCGUGGAUUGCGUUCGCAUGCUGGGGGAGUCUGUGCCAAAACUGUUUGCAUAUGCGCACGAGGCAUCAGAAAGAUGUCUUACUUACACCAGUGGUUGUGGCUUUCCAGCUCUUGUUCAGGCUCUGAAGGCCUUCUUUGCUUCAUACCACCAUGAGUUCAAUAGAAUUCUGAAGAUGGUAAAGGGUCAAGACAAGUCGAAUGAGGACGACAAUUGGUCCCUGUACCAGCAAGCACUGCGCAUCAUCCAAGUCUGUGGUGAGUUGCUCUUGCACGUCGAAGAUUUUGACAAAACGUUAAGAGAGCAGCUGCUAUCUGUAGCAACUAAGUUUACCCCAGUAGCUGACGACAUUCCCCUGGAGCUAGAGCAUGGAACUGACACUCGUGGUAAUCCUUUUAUGUUGAUGGACCAGCUGUUACUAGAUAGACAAGCAGAUAGAAUGGCUCUAUAUGAGCUGAUCAACCACUGUAAGAAACACAAGGAUGAGAUAUGCCUGCUCUAUGACACACAGACGAACGUUCGCACCCUCUGUGAAGAUGUACAUCGAUUCGCCUUCAACGUGGUGUUCUCACAGAUAGAAAAUCACCUGCAGGACAUGCAUAGCAUGAAGGCAUGGCAGUUGGAUAAAGCAGGUGGCGCACUGAUGGUAGACUUGCCAUCAUUUGGACUGUCACCACAAGAGUAUAUUACAAAGAUUGGUCAGUACCUGAUGACGCUACCGCAGCACAUAGAGCCGUUCAUCAUUGGUGACAACGCUGCCCUUCUUGCAGCCCUGCAGCAUGCACGUCUGCCAUACACCGAUGGCAAAGGUCACAUAGCAGAUGUGUGGCUGGAGGUAUUUGCGAAUGCCACUCAGCAACAUUAUGUCGAGGCAAUACUGAGAAUUACUGAGCUGACUCCACAUGCUAUCAAGCAGCUCGUCACAGACGUUGAUUACCUGACGAAUGUCUUCGAUGACCUUGGGUUGCAUCCGACGGAGGAGCUGAAGAGCGUGCGCCACCUGCUGACUGUGAAUGCGGAUGCCUUUCUGCAGGGCGGGGACGAGCCGCAUGCACAGCGACUCGUGGUCGCCAUCAGUCGCAUGAGGGGCAUCAUGCUCAGAUAAUCAUGAAGACAAGUAGUGUCGAUAUUCCAGCGUAAAAUUGUAUAUACUCCAGGCAUGCAAAAUGCCAAAUGGGUGAUGGAUGGCUUAGUGCUCAUGGGUUUGAAUUUUUUGUUUAGUUUUAAAUAAUAAUAAAUAAUGUUGAUAAAUGAGGUUCACACAUUAAAUUGUCUGCAGUUAUUACGUUCUCGUCUGUUUCUGGUGCAAUUUAAAAGCCCCAGUUUGUGAGGGGCUCAAAUGCUGGCCCCAACCAUCUUCACCCCGUUGGCUCAGCAUUGGUCACAUUUGUCGGUAAUUGGCAGCAACAGUAGGGCCACUACCAGCUCACUAUAAAAGAUGGCUCGCUGGCCAUUCAAACUAUAAUGUUGGGUGUACACUGUACUGCCUCUUCACAAAUAAACAUGCAACAUCCAAUAUUCAUGAAUAGCAGUCAGAUAAACCGUACGUCUUUAUUGAACCAGUGUACAUGUACCGUUGAACACUCAGUAAUGUACAAAUGUCCACUUGACCAAAUGGUGAAAAACUACAACAUAAAAAUAGAGAAUACUGUCAGUGAUGGGGUGUACAUGCUCCAGAUACUUGCACAUGAAACUAACUUCAGUUGCAUCUAUAUGUACUAUAAAGGAAUAUUGAAAUGGAGUUCGGUGAUCGUAUAGUUAGUCUUGCGUUGUGUUUCUGACCGCAGGUUCUUUGUCGUGCUAGCUAAACAGCUACUUUGAGGAAAAGUCACGUACAGAAUAAAAGAUAUGAAGAGUCGAAGUAGAUGCUGACAAACUGAGAUUU